ACCUCUUGCCUCCUGCAACCAUCUCCCUUUUCUACACUCCUCUUCUUUGCUUUGUGUGCACGCGGCAUCAUGGUGUGUGUGGGCUGCAUCUGGGGUCUGUCCUUGAUCCUGUCUCUGAGUUUAGGAUGGACGAAGGCUCAGCAGACGAAUUACUCCAGGCCUGUGUUUUACUGUGGAGGCGACCUGGUGGCAGACUCAGGGUUUGUUGGCAGUGAAGGGUUCCCAAGCUUCUACAAACCUAACAGCAAAUGCACCUGGCGUAUCACUGUCCCUGAGGGAAACGUGGUCAUGCUCUCCUUCCGCAUUUUUGACCUGGAGGCUGACUCACAGUGUCGCUACGACUAUCUGGAUGUUUACAAUGGCCAUUCCAACUUGGUGCAAAAACUGGGUCGAUUUUGUGGAACUUUCCGGCCCGGCGCUCUUAUUUCUACCACGAACACCAUGAUGUUAGAGAUGGCGUCUGAUGCAGAGACGCAGGGCAGAGGAUUUGUGGCCUAUUUCAGUGGAGCCAAACCAUAUGUGGAUGACCAGCAGUUCUGCGGGGGGAAGAUAACCAAAGCCCAGGGAGAGAUCAUGACGCCCAACUGGCCUGACAAGAAAUACCCACCAGGAACCAGCUGCUCCUGGCUGAUCACGGUGGAGCCUGAAAUGGUAAUCCAGGUGAAGUUUGAUAAGUUCCUCUUGGAGUCCGACACCUACUGUCGCUUUGACUACGUGGCAUUCUUUAACGGUGGAGAGAAAGAUGAUUCACGGCUGAUUGGAAAAUACUGUGGCGAUCAGGCCCCGCAACCCAUUAUUACCAGUGGCAAUGUGCUGCUGGUCCAGUUCGUGUCUGACCUCAGUGUGACAUCGGAUGGAUUCCUCGCCCACUAUACAAGCGUCCCUAGUGGUUCUCAGAUCACAGCCGUCGACUCAGGAGCCGGCACGAGGUCCACCCCCCCAAAACCGCCAGUCAGACCCGCUGUACGACCACCUGCCCCCAACCCCAAGGAAGUGUCACCUCCUGAGCCCACCAGUAAACCCAGACCAGUCAAGCCUACGAGAGGUCGCGGACAGGACACCACAGGCCAGGACAGGAGGGUGGCAGUCACAAGGCCAAAUGGAAAGAGGCCUGUCCCUCAAAAUCCUCUGUGUGCCAAAGCCUGUAAAAGAGAUGGAACGAUCAAGACUAGUUUCUGUGCCAGUGAAUUUGUGAUAACUGGGAAGGUGACCUCCCUGGCCCCUGGGCCCCGUGGCACUCUCCUUGUUAGCGUCUCCCUUAUUAAAGCCUACAAGGCAGGUCGACUCACCAUCACACAAGUGGGAGAAACCAUGUCGGUGAAGCUGGUGUCACAGUGCAAGAAGUGCCCGCUGCUCCGAAGAGGUGUCAGCUACAUUAUCAUGGGUCAAGUGAAUGAAGACGGACGUGGCACCCUGGAACCCGGUGCAUUCACAGCUCCCUACAAAGCCCCACAUCACAAAUUAAUAAUGAAUGUCCAGAACCAACCCUGUUAACCUCACACAUCUGUCCAGGCCUAAAAAUGAAGACGACAUAUCAGACACACAAAUCCAGGAUUUACAAUGUGAAGUACAUAUCUAUUGAAGCUCAAUACUGCAGUAAGACAUAACGUCAUGUUUAUCCAACAUUUUAAAGAUAUACAAAAAUGCUGUUUUAUUCGAACACCCGCCAAACCUUAUGUUUGUAAUUUAUAUAUGAAUAAAGGUUUUAUAUCUCUUUCA